AUGACAACUCACUCAUCAGGAGACAUUAGAGUUUUUUCCCACGACCUUACUUCAGAGAAAUUUCAGCUAAAUGCAUCGGGCUUGAUUUGCUCAGCAAAACUAACAGCAAACCAAGUUGUCGCCGGGGGUAAAGAAUUAGCUUUGCGGGUAUGGGAUAUAAAUAAUCAUGGUUCGCCAAUUUUCACUGCUAAGAACGUUCGCUCUUCUGUUCUGGAACUUUCUGUCCCCAUAUGGAUUUCUGAUGUUAGCGUGGUCCCUAAAUCUAAUGGAAAGCUCAUAUUAACUGCCUCAAGAUAUGGUGAGUUUGACAUAUACGAUCUUCGAUGUGGCCAACGUCGACCUGUUGCUCGUCAUGCAUGGCGUACAAGUCGCAAACAUGGAAAACUUCAUGUUGGGUCCGGAAAGCACAGUGCAGUACUUCCAGAUUUGACCACUACCAGACCAAUCACAAAAGCAGUAGCUUACGAUAACUCUCCAGGCAUAGGAUUACGUGUUGUUGCUGGGAAUGCAGUUGGUGAAUUAUCUGUUUUGGAUUUAAGACUCCCUCCAGAAUAUUCAAAUUUGAAUUUCUUUGAUGGUUCUGGUGCUAUACCAGUUAGAAGCUACGGAUCUCGAGCACCUGACCCACCUUCUGGUGUUCGAUGUCUUGCUGGGGCUUCAGGUUGUAUAACGCAGUUAAUAUGUAGUGGAGCUGAUGAAGAAAAUACAUUUCCGUUCAUGGAAGCAGCUGUAAAUAGUGAACCAGUUAUUGUAGCAUCUUCACUAGAUCGGUAUUUGCGAAUUUAUAAUCGCGAUACUGGAAAGCGCCUUGGAAAGAUAUAUGUUAAAGUCCCUGUAACAUCAUUUCUUGUUCGUAGUAAUACAAGCUUUGAGAAUAUUGAAAACUUUUUAAAAAAAGACGAUGACAAUGUUUCAAACAAAGAAGAGAAAGUUGAAAGUUCUUACGGCAUAUCUAAGGCAGAACAAAAAGAAUUCGAGGACUUGUGGGAUCAAAUACCAGUUGUCGAAAAUGAUAAUGACGGUGUUAAUGAAGGAUGUAAAAGGACCACUGGGCUUAAAACUGGUAAACGGAGGCGCAAGAAAUAGAGAAUAGUUGAUACAGUGUUGUGCCAUAUUUUGUGUAUAAAAUAUUAAGAAGCAAAUGAAACUAAAAAGGACUUUUUAUAUAACACCGGUUAAAUAUUAUGGAUGGAUUAUCAGUAACUCUAAUUGUAACACUUUGCUUCAGGACUAAAAUCAUUUUGUCCCAGUUAGGUCGUUUUAGAUGUUGAAACUCGGUUCAUCGGUGGAAUUUUUUCGUAAAAACGGUAUGCACAAGUUUCACAGUAGGUUUUCAGUCGUAAUGUAGAAUCCAAUUUCCACUGACUCACUAGCUGGAUUUAUUGUUAUUGCGUUUCCAAUUGAAACUCACACUCGCCUGUUGGUAUUGCUAAAUCUCACAAGAAUCGUAACCCCAUGGCAUUCUUGAUAUAAUACAAUUAGAUGUUUAGAUCUAAAAUUCCUACAAAUUAUUAGUUAGUCUAGUUUUAAUCAUUUCUCAGUGCUAUUUGAUUCUGUUUUAAGUUUUACCACAAGGCUUCCUUAUAGAACAAAAGUGGUUUCAAGGUGUGUGUUUAUGACCUCCAUUCCUUGUGUCUAAAAUCAUAGCUACAUUAGUAGUUUCCAAUAGGUACUUGUAAUUUAUGAGUUACUGUUUCCUUGUACUAACUUACGCACCUAAUUAGAUUUCAGUUGUGUUUGUUCAACAACGAGCAAAUGUAUAGCGAUUAGAUGCCUGGCAUUCUGAUUAGCUCACUACAAUCAGUAAGCCUAAUCACUACAUCAAAGUAGCAACUGUCUGUAAAAGAUUAGAAUUUAUACGAUGAUGUAGUGAGGUGGAUAAAUCAAUAAGUUGGGCCCGCAAUAAGACCAAACGUUAGCCUACUGACCAACUAUUAAAAGGGUGUUAUUGUUGUACCUUAAUAACCAUUGAUCCACUUUUUUUGCAGCGAAUUAAGUGAGUCUUCGGAAAAUCACACCUAUCAGUCCUGUUGGAUGAGCUUUUGUAACUGGUUUAGUUUGGAGGUAAUAUGCGUCACGAACCUACGUCAGUUGGCAUACCAUCGAAAGCCAGGAUGGACUUGAAGUGGUAAUUAGGCGAGCUCCUCCUUGUCACGAUUGGAAUAGUCUUUAUCAGUGGCAUUGAAUAGUUUCGCUAUACCACCAAUUAACCAAAGUCAGAAGUAUGUACCACUGGACGACAACUCAGUGACACCUCAACAUCCUAUGUUUGAUUGCUGUCAGGGUCAUAGGUCCUCAAUUCAGAGAAGUCCCAUAUUACGUUCAGUCAUUUGUUAGUCCGUCACUGUUUUUCCUGCAAUCGAAUAAGUAUAGAUACGCAAAAAUAAAGUAUGUUAUGUCAAUGUGAUCUAUCGAUUAGAUCUUACUUUCAGUGGUUGAAAUAUUCAGUCCAUAAAUCAGCUGUAUCAUUCAAUAUGGUUUUUACGUCAAUUCAAAUUCCUUUGGAUUCAUAACAAAGUUGGUAUAUUGACAACAUUUCUGUGUUACUAAGUGGUGCAGCUUCGCAUUUUAUAGUGUCGUUCCCUUCAAGUUUGGAGAUACUGCCUUGCUCACAAGUACCAACUGAUCAUUGUCUUAGUGGUUUGGACAACCGGAUAGUAUUACUAAAUUUCAUACAGUGUGUGGUUUAAAACCAAGUAUAUGAAUCUAUACCUGGUAAAUGGGUUUAAAGAUAUCAGUCUUUUCACUAAUUUCCUUUAAUUACAACAGAAAAAAAGACCAUUUCAAUAUCGAGUUACCUAGAGUGGUGAUCAUAUCAUAGAGUAGACAAACACAAUAUUGGAUACUGCUCAAAUAUUAAUUCGUAUGAAAUUCACUUAAUAUUUCCAAUGACACAAUUCUGAAGCUUUUUAUUCUAUCUCAUACCAUUAUCACCAACAAG